AUAUAUAAAAUGGUAAUAUAACUGAGUUAUCUCCCCAUAAUAACGUCUUUUGUGUUUGUGACAGUAACUAUGGGGUUCUUUCCGGUUUGGGUAGUUUAUUUAUUUAGUUGUAAUUUAAUAACUUGUAUUGAUGGGAGUUUCUUUAAAUUUCAGAAGUCAGUUUAUUUUGAGAACAGUUAACACAUUAAUAAGUAAAGCAGCAUGUUCAGACAAGUAGUCAUGGCAGCAGCAUCGAGUUCAAAAGGCAAAGUUGUGAAACUGGAGCAGAUAAAGCCACCAGUGAACAAAAUGAAGGCACAGAUUAGAUCUGUCAACUCUAAGAGCAGUCCCGUGUACAAGUUGAAUGCAGAUGCGUCUCUUGUUAAUGGGAUGCGGAACCUCUCAUUGAGAAGUCAGACUUCCAACCAGCCACAAAACAGGAGAAAGUUCUGUAUUGGCAGUGGGAAGAUAACAAUAAAACACCUAUCGGAUGUGGCCAGUGUGAUUCGAGAACAGCAGGUGAAAAACAUAGUGGUGGUGGCUGGGGCAGGCAUCAGUACACCAAGUGGAAUUCCAGACUUCAGGACUCCUGAAACAGGCUUGUAUGACAACAUUGCACAGUACAAUAUUCCUUACCCAGAGGCAAUCUUUGACAUCGACUACUUCCACCAAACUCCCAGACCAUUCUUUGCAUUAGCCAAGGAGCUGUACCCAUCGGGCAAAUACAGACCAAACUACAUCCACUAUUUUGCUCGACUUCUGCAUGACAAGGGACAGUUGCUGAGGAUGUACACACAGAACAUUGAUGGCCUUGAGAGAUUGGCUGGAAUCCCCCCAUCUAAACUGGUUGAGGCACAUGGAACAUUUGCAACAGCAACCUGUGUUUCCUGUGGACAGAGAUACAAUGGUGAAGAUAUCAAGGACAAAAUCUUUGAUGACAAAAUCCCACGCUGCAAGCGAUCUGGAUGUCUAGGUGUUGUUAAGCCUGACAUUGUGUUUUUCGGAGAGGAACUGCCCAAGCGGUUCUACUACUACCUGAAGGACAUGAUACAAACUGACCUGGUGUUAGUCAUGGGCACGUCACUUGAGGUUUAUCCUUUUGCUGGUAUUAUUGACAAUGUCCGCUGGAAUGUUCCUCGUGUGUUAUUUAAUAGAAACGCUGUUGGUCCUUUCUCCCAUCACAAGAGAACAAAGGAUUUUCUAGCAGAAGGUGACUUGCUGGAGACUGUGCAGAAGUUUGUGAACAUGAUGGAAUGGAAAGAUGAGAUGGCACAACUAAUCACGAAAUGUGAAGGAGAAUUUAAAAUUGUCUCUGCUCCACCAACUAUUUGGAAAAGAGAUCCACCUAAAGCCUCUGUACAAAAUGACAGCUCACUUUCCAACUGGAGGCAAAAGGCAAAAAUAGAUCUUUUUAAAGGUACUUUUACCUUCUCUAGUAGUAGUAGUGAAGUGAGCUCAAGCUCUGAAAGUGAUGAUUCAUCAUCCUCAUCAUCAUCCUCGGAAGAAGAAAGUAAGAAAAAGAAAAUAAAUGGUCACAAAUAUUCUAACAACAAUGGAGGAACGAAAACUAAUGCGCCUUCUAAAAAGUUCAGUACUAGUACUGGUCAGCAAAAUGGUGCAGCUGUGAAUCCUAGAAUGUUGAAACCACUGCACGGACAAUGGGUGAAGAAUGGCAGCAAGCAAGCAGAUUCUUCAUCUAACAGGGAACCCAGUACAAAGUUACGACCUCCUUUGGGAAAAUUGUCAAAGCAAAAGUCUUUCAGUGAACAAGAAGGUUCUUUGAAGCAUUCUGAAUCCAAUAAUGCUCUUCUAGAAAGAGAAACAGCAUUCAUCGUGGAAUCAUCAUCAAGUAUUACAUCCAAAACCAAUGCUUUAAAGAUCAAUAGAGAGAAAUCUCUUUCAGACAGUGACAGGAAUUUCUGCUCCAAUAAGAAACCGUUUGUAAGACCACUGUCCGAUUCCCCAGCGGUAAAACCAUCUCAAACGCAGAUGAGAAGCAGACUCUUGUUAAACCGAGCAAAACUUGAUAUUGAUGGGAAACCUUCAAGCCACCAAAAACAAGGAACACUACCAGUUGUGGCCGAUUCUAAAAAGACUGGUAUGAAAAGUGUUCAGGCGACAAGGACCUAUUCUAGGAUAAGAUCUGCUGAAAUGCCCCGACUGCGAUGCCGACAGAAACAAGGACAGAUAUCCUGUGAUGCACGGAUUCAGUCGACCACUGGAGCAGCAGCCUCAUCCGGCUCGUCCUCGGAGGUGUCCGACAGUGGGGAAGACUCGAGAUGAUAGCCUCUCUCAACAUUCACAAACAACACAGUGCUCUUGGUGUUUAAUUAUGUAAUGUUUCAGUCAGAUAAGCUUUUCAAAAAUAGUCCCAGUCAAAGAAGAUUGUAAAUUUAAAGCUAAAAUCGGACUGAGGCUCAAUUUACGAAGCCUGUUUUUGUUAAGACGCAGGUGUUUCAGUAUUGUUAAUACAUGUAGUUACACGAGUGCAAGUCAAAAACAGGCUUUGUAAAUUCAGCUAUGUAAAUUUAAAAAGAAAAAGAAAAGCGUAAAUACUUUCAGAAGGUAAAUUUCUAAAUAUUUUGUAGGUGAGACACCAGUAAACUUAAAAUUAUUUCAAGAGAAAAUUGUCAGUUAAUUUAAUUGGCUUCCAAUGAUAUACUCUCAUGUUUAAUACCACUGGC